GUCAACAACAACAGUAACCGAGCAUAGGACAAGUGGGAUUUACCUUUCAAUGGCCGCCACUACAACAACCACAACCACAACACUAGCAACAACCACCGGCAAUAGCAGCAGCAGCACCACCACCAACAACAACCACACCAACAGCGUCAACAACAGUAUCGCUAGCAGCAAUAAUAACAUUGUAACCGUACACGCUGUACUAAACAACCCACCCACCAACAUUGCAGGCGGUGGUGCUGCUGACGCCGCCACCGUUGCGAUUGCCAAGGACAUGUUGCAGCUGCACCAUGGCGCAGCAGCAGCAACAGCGGCGCUGAAUAACAACAAUAAUAGCAACAGCAGCAACAACAAUAACAACAACAGCAGCAACAGCGCGGGAAGCAACAAUAACAGCGCUGAUCAGCUGAUCAAUAACAACAGCGGCAAUUCAGCAAACCACCCACCUGCCACUAGUAGCACCAACACCACCUCCUCCUCUUCUUCCUCCUCAGCCAGCACCACCACCCCCUCCGCCAAUGCCUCAUCAUCUCUGCCGCCAUAUGGAGAGCUCCGAUUUAACCAAGAGGUAUUGCCCAUCACGGAUGCCGUGACGGUAAUCGGACGCAACUCCUCCACAUCGCUGGUCCACUUUAACGUGGCGGAGAAUAACCUGGUGUCGCGCAAGCACUUCCAGGUCCUCUACGACGUGGAGCUGCGCGCCUUCUUUGUUCAGUGCCUCAGCAAGAAUGGCAUCUUCGUGGAUGAUUUUUUGCAGCGGCGCAAUGUGGAUCCACUUCGUUUGUCGCAGCGCUGCUACUUCCGCUUUCCCAGCACGGAGAUUCGCAUCGAAUUCGAGAGUUUUGUGCCCGCCACUCAAUUGGAUUCAGCCGCUGGCCAUUCGCCAUCGUUGGUCGUAAGUGGUGGUGGAGUGGGUGGUAGUGGAGCCCAUGUUAUUAUAACACCGCCACCAAGGGACGAACUACAUCAGCAGCAGUUGCAUCACCACCAGCAGCAGUUGCAGCAGCAUACGCACCACCAGCCAGCGCACCAUCUGCCGCUGCAGCAACAGCAGCAACCGGCGCACCACCCACUCCCACACACACCACACCACCCGCUUCACCACACAGCUCUGCACCAGCAGCAACAGCGUAGCGGCAACAUUAUUGUGGCGCCACCAGCUGGGGCAGCUGCCCACCUUAUCGCUGGAGAUGGACCCGGCGUCUAUUCUCCACUCAAGAUUUCCAUACCCAAGAAGGAGCAAAAGAGUCCCUACCUAUCACCAACUGGUACAAUAAGCGCCGCCAACAGUUGUCCGGCUAGUCCACGUCAGGGUUUCAUUCAGAAUCAGCCCAAUAAUUACAACAACUACAGCAACAACAAUACACAGGAUCUGUUUCAGACUCCCUCCACAGCCAGCUACAAUCACAACGAGAAGCCGCCGUACAGUUACGCCCAGCUUAUCGUCCAGGCCAUUUCUGCCGCACCGGACAAGCAGCUAACGCUCUCGGGCAUUUAUUCGUUUAUAGUCAAGCACUAUCCGUACUACCGCAAGGAGACUAACAAGGGCUGGCAGAAUUCCAUACGUCAUAAUCUCAGUUUGAAUAGGUAUUUCAUCAAGGUGGCGCGCUCCCAGGACGAGCCUGGCAAGGGUUCCUUCUGGCGUAUUGAUCCAGAUAGCGGUGCCAAAUUGAUCGACCACAGCUACAAGAAGCGUCGCCAGCGGAGCAGCCAGGGCUUCCGCCCGCCAUACGGGAUGCCUCGCUCGGCGCCAGUCUCGCCCAGUCACAUGGAUAAUUCGCGAGAAAGCUCACCGCUGCAGGAUAUUGUGCUUCAAUCUGCACCCGGAUCACCGGGAAUGUCGCUGGAACAGCGCGCCGCUGACGCCGAAAUCAUUUACAACUCUCAGAAUGCACACCAGCAGCAACAGCACCAACCGCAGCAGCAGCAGCAGCAGACACUGUCAAGCAAUUCCAAUCAGUACAGCAGCGGAAGUCCGUACUACGUAACCAAUCAAAACUCUGGCGUAGCCGCGGCACCACAAACGCAUGCUGAGGGAAGCGGAGCGGGCGGAGGUGGUGGAGUUGGAGCCCUGAUUGCGCUGAAGAGAAACCAUGUAUUGAGCGGUGGGGCAUCACAUACGCUGCAUCAGCAGCAGGCAGUGGCACAACAGCAACAGCAUUCAGAGAUUAUAUAUGAGGAGUUGCCGACCGACUACAGUGGCCACAUCGAGGCCACUGAGGAAGAGUGCGUCACCACUGCCACCGAUGCCACCGUGGCCAAGCGUCCCAAGUACGUGUCCGAGGUGCUCUGAUGCGUGCGGAUCCAGAAGCACCGGCAGAACAAGGGCAAAUAGUUGGCCCCACGGGUGGAAUCGAUUAGAAAGCAAAACAAAAAGUAUCUCCAUCUUGUAUAUUGAAUUUGCCAAUCAUAGACCUACCUAUACCCCAAAACUAAACAAACAAAUGCAAAGCAAAGCGAGCCCAAACAAACACUACAUAAGAAAAAUGUACGCACGCGAAGCAAUGCAACACGAAAGCAAAAUGUAUAAAUUGAUAUGGAACAUUUUACAAAUAUCAACUGUGAGAUUGUGUUUGAAAUGUUGUCCAUACAACCGUUCAACGGCUGCAACUACAUGCACACUUUUCGAAAUUCGAAAUCCGAUUCGAAGUUACGACUUAAUCCCUUAGAUCUGACGAAUUCAAUAUGCUCGAUGACGCUACUCUCUAAGUAAUAUAAUAAAAUGUAAGUUUAAUGCGAAGUAAAGCAGCAAACAAAGCAAAAUUAUCUAGAUAUAUGCGAUUGAUUAUUGUAAUGAUUGAUGAUUAUGAUUUAUAAGAUGUUAUAGCUAUGUGACCGAAAAAGCGUAAAAGAAAAAUUGGGGGAAAAUCAAGUAACAAGCAACCAACCACACAAGUAACAAACAAACAAACAGGCGAAUGAAUAAUAUUACCUAUCUACAUACCUUUACCUAUAUCGAUUUAAAUAUAAUAUAUAUAUAUAUUUAUCUAUAUAUAUAUAUAUAUAUAUAAAUAUAUACAAAACAUAAAAAUACAAACAAAAACAAAAAAUGAUGAAAAUUAAUAAGUAAUAUCUACAAAUUUACGGAUACAAUAACGAUAUAUAAAGAUUGAAAUGAUAGCACAUUAUUUCUUAUUAAUGAAGAAAAUCCCAUUUAAGUGUUUGGACAAAGUGUAUUAAAAAAAAAAUCAAAUGUA